CAAAAACGUGGGUUUCUGUAGAAAAAAAACAACAAAAAAACAGUAGUGGGUGUGGUGAUGGUCUGCCUUGUCUGCCAUCUAGACUUAGUAGACCUCCAAUGUUGGCCACAGGCAGGGCAUUAAUCCAGUCCCCUGAGAAUUAUGCACUAGCUGAAAGUAGGUGACACUUUGAAAAUUGAUCAGAUUGAUCAAGGAGAGAGUUGAAAGUGGCACCUGAAUGCAGUUUGUUCCAUACUCUCUGUUUCCAUCUAUCCUCCACUGUAACUGACAAACCCAGCUCUCUCCACUGUAAUAGAGCUUCAUCCAUUUCCCUGUUGGAAUAUACCAAAGGGGAGUAAGCAUGGAGGGAAGCAAUAAAGAUGAGCACUUGCACAGACCUAGACCCCCAAACUGUUUGGGCAAAGCAGCUUGGUCGUGGGAGCCUGGGGAGAGUUUGACAUUGACCAAGCAUUCGAGUUUGUAUUGGUGGGAUGACAGGAAUCUGUAAGAGGGACUAACUCUCAGAAAAUACGAUAUCUCAGGAAUUGACAAGUAAUUCUUAAAUUUAAAAAAAACCUUGGUGGGGCUCUGUUACUUGAAGGUUUUUUUUAAAAGUUGUUCAAGGUUAGCCAUUUUGGAUGUAAAGAUAGACUUGAAAGCUAGGUCGGUAAUUGGGGUUCUAAGGGUGCACCACGCUGUUGAAGGAGGAAUCACAAUUGAAUGGAGGGAGUCAACUAAUUGUUUAGUAGUCUGCUCAUGCGAAGCUGGGUGGUUGAGAAGCCAGAGCUUGCAUUUGGAGCGGUUAAUACUAAAACCUUUAUGACCAAGUUUCUUGAUCAUCAUCUUCACAGUUGCAAGCACCUUGUCAGGAGUGCCUCCAAACAAGCAUCAUCGAGGUACCAAACAUUUAGGUCUAGGUCAGCUCCCAUCUUGGUAACAUCAUCAAUACCCAAUGUGAAUAGGGCAGGACCAAGUGGAUCACUCUGUUGGAGGCAGAUGGGAUGAGGUGGUCACCAAACAAGAGGUAGGAGGGCUCCUGAUAGGCUUACCAAGCUAAGUGAUAAAGUGGUAGGGAGUUCUCCCUUAGUGCGGGGAGGUUGACAUUUCGACUGAUGGAGUUAAAGCAUUCUUAAGGUGAAGUUUAAGGAUGACCUUUGGGGACUUAGAGAGGGCAAGUUAGUGAAAGUCCUGGUGGCAGCAGCCUCACAGCCUAGCUUGGUACCUACUCCUAGUUGAAUAGGGGAAAAUUCCUCGGUCAGGCAGUUAGAAACUGAAGACAGGUACACUUUUGCUGUGAGCUGUCACAGAGUACAACCAACUGCUAUGGAGCAGAAGUCACUGUUGGGCUUGAUGAGACCAAAUAGUUUGGCCCCAAAGAACGGGACAAAUGUAAGCAAGGACACUCUUGGACGAGAACAAAUUUAUGAACUGUGUUAGGUUCUGCAAGAGUCCGAGCCCAUCAUCACCAGCUGACAGGGAGAUACCAUCCUUAAGAUGUUGAGGUCAUAAGCUAUCAAUCCCAGCACCAGAACCUGCUGGAAAAGAGGCAGUUGCCUUCCUGACAUUGUCAGGGGUGAAGAGGAGUGAGGGAGUCUGUGGUACACAGGACGAGGGCAGACAGAGAGGAAAGAAGGAGAACAACCCCUUUAAUGUCAAAUUCGUUGACUUUGACAUUAACAGCUUUCUUUAAGUUAAAUGGUUGACCAUUGUUCGGGGUUGAGCUGAUGACUGACCUGAGAGGUGGUUGAGGUAGAUUUGAACAGCUCAAACUCCCACUGGGGAAGAUGCAGUAAAAUUGUUAAGAAAGUACAGAAAGUUCAUAGAAAUGUGGCAGCCUCAUUGGAAAAAUAAAGAACCUGUUAAUUACUGAAAUUAAUUCAUAUUCCUUUAAUGUAUACUAAAGGAGAAUAGAAGACAGUAGGGUAUAAUUUGAAGGAGUUUUGGCUACUAUUUCUUAUUGUUCAAACGACUAGGGAGUUGCUAUCUCAUUGGCCAGUCCAACAAUUCGUAACAAGGCAAAUAUAGCUAUAUUUUAUCAAUACAAAAUGUUAUUGACUUAACAUAUGUGUGUGCAUCAUCUGUCUGUCUAAUCUAAUCUAAUCUAUCUAUCUAUCUAUCUAUCUAUCUAUCUAUCUAUCUAUCUAUCUAUCUAAUCUAUCUAUUUAUCCAAGCAUGUGUGCAUGGCUUAUAGGGGGUGUAGUUUAGCUGAUACAUCAAUCCAGUGUCUGUGAAUAUCUGACAGGCCCCUACCCACAAAAAAAAAAAGACAUAGAAAAAAGAAACCCUCUCAGUUCCCUUCAGUUUUGAAAAGAGCCCUGCCAUGUGUGUGUGUGAGAGAGAGAGAGAGAGAGGGAGAGAGAGCUAGCACUCCACUAAACUGUUGAAGCAUCUUGAUGACCAACAAUUGAGGAAACAUGCAGGUUUUCCAAGUAACUACAGUAUAAUAGACUACAUAUCCAUUCUGACACAGCUUCUAAAAUGAACAAAAGAGUAGCAGCUGUUCCUUUGUAUCUCCUUUGUCGAUCAUGAAAAGGCCUUUGAUGGUGUGAAGGUGAAUGUAGUGCUGGAGUCUCAGGAAAUGCAAAGAGUUGAAGCACAAUACAUCAAGCUUCUCAGAGAGAUGAACUCAAGAUGUGCCUUGAUAUAGGUUAGCUGUCACCAUCUAUAUUAGUUCCAGUCACAAAGGGUGUUAAACAAGGAGAUACCAUCUCUCUGAAGCUAUUCCUCAUGUUUUGAAUUGGUCAUCAGAGACAUUGAUUGGAGAGGUGACAUUAACAUCAAUGGUGAGAUACUAUCACACCUCCAGUUCCCAGAAACAUAAAUCAGUUCAGCUGAAAGAGAAUGCUGACAAAGCUGGACACCUAUAGUUCAGCAGUAGGCCUCAAAAUAAAUUAUAUGAAAACAAAAUACUUCCUCAUCAUCAUCAUCCUUUAACAUCCAUUGUUCAAGCUUGCAUGGGUUGGACUCCUCUGGUAUGAAAAUAGCAUGAAGCUGAAUAGUGAUGUGAUGGAUGAAAUGAAGGAAGUGAAAGAGUGUAUCUACUUGGGGAAGACAAGAAAUAUAUACUGAGGCAUGAAUGCUGAAAUAUCCUGCAUAGUAAGAUUUGGAUGGAAGGCCUCAAUUAAAGAUGUGCUCAAUAAAAUAACCGUCAUCACUGUUGUUUAAUCUCCACUUUUCCAUGCAUAGCAAGAUAUGCUACAUCAAUGCUUGGCAACCCUCACUGUAUCAAGUGUAUAGUUUGUGACAGCAAGCAUGUUUUUGCUCGAGACAUUGCUGUUGUUCUCCAGAAUAUUGACACUAAGCAUCCUGUAGCACAAGUAAUUUCUGGUUGCUGUGAGGAGUACCAUGGAAAAUUUGGAUGUGGGACUAAAAGUCUUUUAUAUUUUAUUGGUCAGUGGAUGCAAAUAGGCACAGAGCUAUUACAUCAGGGCAUCUCAAUAUACUUAAUCACAUCAGCAUUAAGGAGCACCAUAGAAAACUGUAUUCAAUAUGUAGAUACCUUGACAUAUUCUGUCGACAAGUUUUUGGAACCAUCAAGCCACGGAACUCCAUUUGCUAGAAGUUCACAAAUUGACCGGCCUGAAAAUUCGUCCAACCUUCCAAAUGUACUUCAGCCAACUACUAAUUUUUCACUUCUGUCUCCAAACGAGCAUACAUCUGAUGUCAGCUGGUUUUUUCAAGAUACAGCUACAAAGUCUGUCCUAGAGAGUUUGGAAGAUCCUACAGAAUUGAACAACUCAGAUCCUGAAUUUCAUGAACAUUUGAAUAAAAUAAAUUUAGAGAACAACCUUAUAACUUCUGAUAAACCUGAGAAGAAAGUAUUUUCUCCUAAUGAUGAUGAUGAUGAUGAUGAUUUUUCCCAUUGCUUUGAUCAAAUUUCAUCUUUUGGAGAUGUAACCAAACAUAGAAUUAAAGAAACACAAUUCUUUACAAAAAAUUCAGCUGUAUAUUCACCAAUUCCAUCAAACAGUAAUAACUGUUCAACUAGUCAUACUACCACAGUAAGUUCUGCUGGAGAAAAUUGGUUAGAAAACUAUGUAGAGGACUAUAUAAAUUCCAAGCUUCAAAAAUCUAGAAUUCCUGAGUCAUUUCCUCAUCUUACUUUCAGUCAACACCUUAAUCCCUUAAGCAGUGGCAAAAUCUGUUCUGUAAAUUAUUAUGAUUCUGCUACUAAUGCAGUCAAUACUAAAUUGUGUGAUGAAUUUAAGGAAAUAUUAAUUUUAGAUGAAAGUGAAAAAAAUUCCUCUCUUUCAAGACUUCAAAAUCUUAAUGAUACUAACUUCACUGAUAUUUGGCAAAAAGUUAAAGGUUUGGUUCAAGCAUUUUGCCAUGGGGCACAUACAGAAAUUGAAGAUUUUGUGAUAGAGGCACUAAAAUAUCAGAACAAACAUUUAUCUUACCAAGAAAAAGACAUUCGACUUGAUGUGAAAAGACUUCAUACUUGCUGUAUUCAAGGUCCUACCAUCAAGCAAUCUGAAUUUGUUCCGGGAAUAGUUUUACCUUUGCAGCAAGAAACAUUUUGUAUUGAGCAAGAUAAAACAUACACUGUACUUCUUCUUAAUGGAGAUGUUAGCUACAACAACCAUCAUGUUGGUUACAAGAAGCUUGCAGAAGUCAAAGAAGAAUGUUUGUAUGAAGAGUUCAUCUCUAAAGCAGCAUCCAAGAAAGACAGAUGGCUGGAACAAGUGGAGUGGCUCAUCAAGAAAUUGGAUAUAACCAUUUUGAUUGCCCGAGGUAAAGUUGAUGAAGAACUAAAAGCAAUGCUGGAUGGACACCACAUUUUGGUUUUUGACAAUGUUGCACAUACUACAAUGAGAGCACUAGCUUAUAAUACAGAGCCUGUUGUUUAUAUUUUGGAUGCCACAAUGGAAAAUACAAUAUCAGGUGUAACUGUGAAAAUCCUGAAUUCCGUUCUGCAGAAAAAUACAAAAACCUUUUUGAUUCUUCGGUCAAACCAGUCUGAAGUUCAGCAGACUUUAAUAUUGUGCCACGCCACAUGUGCUGGUCUUGAUGUGUUGGAACAAGAAUUCUGGUUGUGUUGUCACCGUGUUUCAAGUGUAUUAAGUCAUAGUAAAUUCCUUGCCGGACAAGGCAUGACUGAGCUAUGGAUUGCAGAAUACCUUGAAGCUAAAUCAGAUGCAUUGAAGCAACAGUACAGUGGAACAUCUAACAUUGAAGAUUUGUAUCAGGCAGAAAUUCUCUCUAAGCUUGCAGACAGUUUCCGAAAUUAUCAAGUUAGAGUUCAGCUGAAUUCUGGUUUGCUAAAUUCAGAAAUUCUAUCAGAGGCUCACUGGAGAGGUUCGCCACUUUCCAAGUAUCACAUACUUGAUGACUUCCACAGUAAAAUUCAUGGUUGGAAGAGAGCUGUUCAGUUAGUCUGCAUCUUGCUGCACACAGAUGCACAUAUCAUUCUGUGCUAAUGGUUUAGGUGCCCUACCAGCGAUACAUCAUAUUUGAUUUUCUUUUUUUGUUUGAGGAGAUGAGCAGAAACAUUUGACUGUUGAAUUAAAUACACUUCACUAUUUAUUGAGUUCAAAUUCUGCUGGGAAUUGAUCUAAUCUGUCAAUCCUUCCGGGCUGACACAAAUACAUAUUAGAGAAUGGACUGGUGAUGAUGUAAGAAACCAUUAUUGGGAAACCAGUAUCAGUAGACAGAAUAUCAUGCGAUAGUUUCAUGCCUUUAAAUCCUGCUGGGUUAACUUUGCUUUUCAUCUUUUAAGGGGUCUUGAGCUGGUACUUAAAACAAGUACCAGUUAAGUAUUGUAAUCAAUAUAACUGGUCUCUAUUCACAAAUGUGACUUUGUAUCAACAUUAACAUUAGUACAAAGGUGGAUGUAACAAAGCAUCAGACUAAAUACUAUUAGGUAUUUAGUUGUAACCCUUUAGGUUUUGGGUUCAAAUCUGUUCAGGUCGGUCGUCUGUUUUUCAUAUUGCAGGAACAUCAGGCAUAGCUGCCUACUUAAGAAGUUCACUUUGCAGAUAUGUUCUAGGUUUGAUCCACUACACAGCAACGUUUGGCAGGUGUCUUCAGUUAUAGCUUCUGGGUCAACCCAAGCUUUGUGAGUAAAUUUGAGUAUAUGGCAAUCUGAAUAUAUAUAUAUAUAUAUAUAGGUGCAGGCAUUGUCAAGUGAUUAUGAAGUUUGCUUUGCAAGCAUCUUGCUUCAGGUUCAAUCCCACUAUACGGUGUCUCAGGCAAAUAUCAUUGACUGUAGCCUUGGAGAGACUAAUGCCUUCUGAGUGGAAUUAGAUGGAAACUGCAAGGAAGUCUGCAUGUAUAUAUAUAUAUAUACACACAUAAAUACUCAUUUCCCCAUUUCUCUCCUUUUCACUUCAGUUAUCUUAUCCAUCUAUCAAUCACACCCACCUCUUAUCCCCACCACGUAUGAACUUUGCUCCACAUACUGCCCUUACACAUCCUUCACUAGGCCUAUAUAUGAGAAGCUGUAUUGGUCCAUCCUCAUGCUCUGUGGCUACCUUUCCUUCCUCCAUCUAUUUCCCCACUUGUGAUGCUUACCUGUCAACUAUUAUUCAUCACCCCAUUCUGCCUCUUUUUCUGUCCUCAUCCCCACCUCAUCUCCCUGGCCUUAUCCCUGCAUGACUCCUCACCUUCAACUAUUUUCUCUUUCAUAUUCUCUUCCAAUGUACCUCCCAUCCAUACUCACCAUUACUACUGUGUCCCUCUCUUUCUCAUUAACCACCAACACUAAACCAGUGCUUUUCCCUUGCUCCUUCAGUACUCCCCUCCCCUAAUAGUGAAUACUCUUAUUCUCUCCACUAUUACUGUCACACAAAUAUAAACCUGUUCCUUUCAACUCUUUGCAUAAAAUCAUUGCAAUUUUUCUUACUGUAAGUUGCUGGGAAACCUUAGUGUUGCUGCUGUGAUAAAAACACCCAGUAUACACAGGAAAGUGGUUGGUGUUAGGAAGGACAUUCAGCCAUAAACAUUUAUGCCAAAACAGUCAGAGCAUGUGAUCCUCUGACUGACACUCUGUUGGUUACGACUAUGAGGGUUCCAGUUGAUUCAAUCAAUGAAACAGCCUGCUCAUGAAAUUAAUGUGCAAGUCGCUGAGCACUCCACAGACACAUGUACACUUAACAUAGUUCUCAGGUAUGAUACAAUGUGAUAAGGCCGACCCUUUGAAAUAUUACCAGCUGAGUGAACUGGAGCAACAUGAAAUAAAGGUGUCUUGCUCAAAGACACAAAGUGCCACCAGGAAUCGAACUCAUGACCAUGCGAUCAUGUGUCGAAUACCCUAACUACACAUCUCUGACUCUAGAUGUUCAAUUAUCAAAUCCAUGCCAGCAUGGAGAAUGGACAUUAAAUGACAAUGAUAUAUAUGUAUAUACACACAAAUGUGUAUGUGAAUUUCAAUUCUGCAUGUCAUCAUUAGCAGUGAUGUGUUUACUUUUUUUCCUUUGAACAAAUGUUCCUUAGUUCAGUGGAUGUGUAGGCAAUAGGAACAAUAUCUACCCAUGAAAAAUCUACCACAAUUAAGUUUCAUCAAACCCAUGCUUGCAUGGAAAAACAGAUGUAAAAAUAAUAAGGAUAUAUUAGCAAGAAAGCUAAUAAACUGGUGUUCUUGAACAAAAAUAUCCUAUCAUAUUUAUACUGCCCAUCAUUUGUUACGAGUUUCCAACAUCCCAGUCACUGGUUCACUAUUUACAGUCAAGAGUGAUGGGAGUGGCCCUGUACAAUUAGGGACACUAUCAUCAUCAUCGUUUAACGUCCGCUUUCCAUGCUAGCAUGGGUUGGACGUUUUGACUGAGGACUGGCGAACCAGAUGGUUGCACCAGGCUCCAAUCUGAUCUGGCAGAGUUUCUACAGCUGGAUGCUCUUCCUAAUGUCACAGAAGCUUUUUAUGUGCCACCGGAAUGGAAGCCAGUCAGCUGCUCUGGCAGUGAUCACGCUCGGAUGAUGCUCUUAGUGUUCCACUGGCACGGGUGCCAGUCAUUGAAUUUGAUUUGAUUUUGAUUUCACUUGCCUCAACAGGUCUUCGCAAGCAGAGUUUAGUGCCCAAUGAAGGAAAGGUACACAUAAGUGGACUGGCUACAUCCCUGGCUUAGGCCACGGGUUAUGGUCUCACUUGGCUUGCCGGGUCUUCUCACGCACAGCAUAUUUACAAAGGUCUCAGUCAGUAGUCAUUGCCUCGGUAAGGCCCAAUUUUCGAAGGUCGUGCUUCACUACCUCUUCCACAGGUUCCCUCAACCGCUAGGGUGUGGCACUUUUUCACACAGCUAUCCUUGUCCGUUCUCACCACAUGACCAUACCAGCACAGGCGUCUCCCUUGCAUGCCACAUCUGAUGCUUCUUAGACCCAACUUUUCUCCCAAGGUACUUACACUUUGUCGAGUAUACGCACUGACAUUACACAUCCAUCAGAGCAUACUGGCUUCAUUCCUUGUGAGCUUACGCAUGUCCUCAGCAGUCACAGCCCAUGUUUCACUGCCAUGUAGCAUAGCUGUUCGUACACAUGCAUCAUACAGUCUGCCUUUUACUCUGAGCAAGAGGCCCUUUGUCAACAGCAGAGGUAAGAGCUCUCUGAACUUUGCCCAGGCUAUUCUUUUUCUAGCAGCUACACAGUCACCUAGGUAACGGAAGCUAUCAACUACUUCUAGUUUUUCUCCCUGGAAUGUGGCGGAAGUUGUUCUCUCCACAUUUUCAGUGUUUAUUGCGCCUGAGCAUCUGCCACAUACAAAAACUAUCUUCCCAGUUAGCCUUCCUUUGAUAUUGCUGCAUCUCUUAUGUGUCCAUAGCUUGCACUGGGUACAUCUUAUAGAAUUUCCACCUACGCCUUUUCUACAGAUCGAGCAGAGCCAUCUACUAGCCUUCCUACUUAUUAGGACACUGGUUUUAGUUAGGUUACAUAUUGUUUGUAAAAUGUGAGAAAAAUAAAGUCCAUUUUUCAUAAUCU